AUGAAUACCUAUAGUUCUGAUAAAUUGAAUAUUAAUGUAAAUAUUUAUAGUUCUGAUGAAUUGGAUAUUAAAAGAAGACAAAAUAACUAUUAUGUUGAAAGUAAAACUGGCUCCAGUAUAGAUACUAAUAGGAUUAAUGAAUCUAACAUGAUAUUUAAUACUCAAAGCAUCAUUGAUAAAUCGAAUCUAGUAUACAAUGACCAGAAAGUUAUAAAUGAAUUUAACCCAAUAUCUAAUGAAUCUGAUGAAUUUCAGAGUUAUGAUAGUGAAUAUAGUAACAAUAAUAAAAUAGAUAGUUUAGACUUUCCAAGUGCUGCAUACUAA